UACGCUACGCUCGACUCAGCUCUGCUCCGUCGGAUGGAUAUAGAACCCCUUAGUUCGUAUUCCUCUCCCUGUCGGCCAGGAACCCCCGGUCGACCGCCUUACCUUACUUCCCCGGCAGACCUUCCCUGCCUUCGGCCGAACCUCGCGACCCUCCACCACGGAUCGGGGUCCUAUCCUAAAAGCGUCCCGGUGCCGACCCGCGUACCCGUGCCGCGUCCUGGACCUCCUGGGCCUCCAGGAACCCGGGACCCACCUCGACCUCGCUCGGAAAGGACCCCAGCCGCACUUGCCACGUGGCUAUCCGAAAACAAAGCCAAUUAGGAUGAGCAAAGUGAGACUGGCAUGUGAACGGUACAACGGCAUCACGCGGGCGACGCCUUCUGGUCGUGCUGGGUCGACGUCGACCUGGCAUCCACCUCCCUUGAAGAGGACGUGAGUGCGAAGCGAGAACCUUGUGCCGCGACCGGGGGGGUCGGGACGUGGUGGUUUCCAGGAGAAGUUGUCCCAGAGGAUGAGACGCGACCAGUGAUGCUCUUAGGGGUUGACGAAUGUCAACAAUGGCUUCGAAUGGGAGCGAACCGUGUUCCGCCGGAUGUCGAGCUGGAUACGGACGAGAUAAGUGGACGAAACGAACCGUCGCGUGGAAGCAGGGACAAGUUCCAGAGCGAAGGCCUAGGUGGCGCCCCGUGGGCAAAACAAAAUGGCGGCGACCCAACGCGCGGCCUCCAAGACACGUCGAAGGCCUCGCUGGAGAACUUCGGAAUACAAAUGACCGUCGUGGGCGCGUUUCUUCGACCGAAGAGGUACGACCGUCGUCGAUUGUCGCCUUCCGUCGCCCAGCACAACUUGCAUCGACUUUAUGACCGGAAUACUCAAAAUGGCCGCCAUAUCGGGCCGAUGAGUCGCCUUCGACGGUCACCGACGCCUCUAGUUGCGGGAAGAUGCAUCUCGUCUUCCCACUACUUUUGGACCAUUCAAGACCUUGUUCAUGGCGACGGAAAACUCCUUCGAGCGUUGGCAAUAGAAAUAGGUGGCCUUUGGAGGUGUAAUGGAGAUGGGUUGAUGGUUGCUUUUCGGGCGUUUCUUAUUCGGAACUCGGGGAUGGUAAAAGUCGGCGUUUUUCGGUUUCGACCACAGUCGGCCGUCAACACAUGGCGGAGUGGCGCGGUAAAUAAAUUUCCAUGAACGAUAAAUUUUGAGGGAAGGUGCGGAGGGGAGACCAAGAGACUCGGCGGUGCAACACCUGUCUUCACGGUGUGGGUGCUCUAUGAGAAGGGGCGACAAAAAUAAUGUAUGCACCCCUGUGUACACGGCCGAGUCGGGCCACCUGAACCUGCAGGCAAACCGACAUCAUUUGGACCGGCUGCGUCGUUAGUUGCGGCUGUAACAACGACUUAAUAAAUAACUCGUUUCGUUCUACCGCGAUGUCGUUACUCCGACCUCGUGGUUUCAUUGCGCGAGACGUACCGCUUGAAAACCUCGGUACUCGUCUUACUCUCUCGAAAAAGCCUCAGCCAAUUGCUCUUUAAACGGUACCAGUCAAUAUCGUGCCAUGGGAAAGAAUUCAUCGAGCCGAAAGAAAAAUAUUUCUUCGAUUCCAGCUC